CCUGGGCCCAAACCGAGCCGGUUUGGAGUUCCCACUGACCCCCCCACCCCCUCCCCAUCCCCCAGCUCGGCGCUGGAGUCCCUGGGCACCCCCUGCUACCUGGGGGGGGCGGCGCGGGGGCUGCUGCCCCCCGAGAGCCCCCUGGGGCUGCGGCACCGGCGGCGCGAGGCCCUGCGGGACGCGGACCUGGUGCUGCUCGCAGGCGCGGUGUGCGAUUUCCGCCUGUCCUACGGGCGCCUCUUCGGCCGCGGCGCCGCCGUGGUGGCCGUGAAUCGGCACAGGGAGCAGCUGCUGCGGAACGCCGGGGUCUUCUGGAGCCCCAAACUGGCUGUGCAGGGUGACCCCGCCUCGUUCGUGCUGGCCCUGGCUCGGAAGCUCCAGGGAUUUUCCUGCCCUCGGGAAUGGCUGGAAAAGCUCCGGGAGAGGGAGAGGGAGAAGGAGGAGGAGAACAGGUGGCAGGUGCCGGUGUUGGCGCUGGUGGGGAACGACGCGUGUUGGACCCAGAUCAGCCGCGAGCAGGUGGCCCUGCUGGGCAGCAACGUGGGCUGUGCCCUCGCCCACCUCGAUUAUCACGGCGUGGCCGAGGCCCUGGGGGGCCGGGGGGUGCUGGUGGCCCGAGGGGACAGCGGGGACGGCGGGGACGGCGCGGAGGCCGCGCUGAGGGCGGCGCAGGAGCUUUGUCACCGCGGCCACCCCGUGCUGGUCAACGCCCUCAUCGGCACCACCGACUUCCGCCACGGCUCCAUCUCCGUCUGACGGCACCAGCUGGCCCCAACCGGCCCCAAAGUGGCCCCAGGUGGCCCCAACUGUCCCCCAAGUGGCCCCAAGUGUCACCAGCUGUCCCCAAGUGGCCCCAACUGGCCCCCAAGUGGCCC